AUGGUCCGACAUGCUGCUCUCAGUAUCGCAGGAAAGGUUACCAAUGUUACCAAUGUUACCAACCUCCGCCGGCUGAACAAGACGACUCGAGUCUGGACCACCACCUGGGACUGCCUGAGUAAUCCGAACGUGGAUCAGGAACGGUACCAAGACCCUGCGAUCGCCUCAAGCGACGUCAAUUCGCAUCAAUAUCAGAUACCAAACGGUUUGCGCAUGCUGGAUCUGGAAGCUGGACGGCGACGAGAAUGA